AUGCCGCGCGCAGAAGCUGGAUCCACAAAGGCGAUCAGCAACAAGAUCAAGGCUAAAGGCUUAGGCAGACUUAGAUGGUAUUGUCAGGCUUGUUCGCGCCAGUGUCGCGAUGAGAACGGAUUUCGCUGCCAUGUCCAGAGUGAAAGCCAUGUGCGCCAGGUGCUGCUAAUCGGCGAAGACCCCAAGAAAUACAUCGAAGACUACAGCAAGCAAUUCCUCGACAACUUUCUCAAUCUACUAAAGACCGGUCAUGGCGAGAAGAAAGUUCACAUAAACCAGUUCUACCAGCAAGUCAUUGCCGAUAAGGAGCACAUCCAUAUGAACGCCACAAAGUGGAAGAGUCUUUCGCAGUUUGCUGCAUACCUGGGUCGCGAGGGUAUUUGCCGUGUCGAGGAGACAGAGAAGGGCCUGUUCGUCUCUUAUAUCGAUCGGAGUCCGGAGGCCAUGAGACGACAGGAAGCUUUGCUCAAGAAGGAACGCCAGGACCGGGGAGAUGAGGAGCAGGAGCAACGACAGAUUCGAGAGCAGAUCAAGCGUGCUCAGCAGAGUGCGAAGGAGGAGGAAGAGGUGGACCCUGAAGCUCGCAAGCUGCAGCGCAAGGAGGGUGAGAAAGUCAAACUGAAUAUCGGAUUCGGUUCGAAGACAAACGGUGAUUCGAAGAGCGAGUCGCCGAAGCCCGCAUCGCCUGAGGAAAAGGAUAGCGGUGCAUCGGCCACGCCAGAGACUACCGAUGCUGCACCUGCUCCCGCUGCCGCUGCCGCCCCCGCCCCGCCUGCGCCACAGGCUGCGCCAAAGGUGUCUUUGUCAUUCGGUGGUGGUGGAAACAAGCCGAAGAAUGUCUUUGCUGCGGCUGUAAAGAAGAACCCUCUUGCGGGAAAGAAGGGGCCAGUCAUGGAACAGCCCAAGAAGAUGACGGAGCAGGAGCGCAUCAUGAAGCAGGAGAUGGAGGCUAUGGAGCGGAAACGUAUGCGUGGUUCUGCUGGGUUCCCUGACGCGAAGCGCCCGAAGAUCUCUUGA